AUGUCCGAUUCAUGGAUCGAACCAGCGGGCCCUCUACAGCCAUCCAUCGUGAAGUGCUCAGCCCUUGACAACCUCACUGCUUCAGUGUAUCCUUCACCUACACACUUCUUUCCUCUACGACCGGGAACAGACCCUCGGCAGCUCUACGAAGACUGCAAACAAGGCCUCUCUCGAUGUAUCUACGAGCAUCCGCACCUCGCAGGCAUUAUCAGAAAGGAAGAAACUGGACGUUACGCCCUUGAGAUUCGAGAUGCACCGCAUGCUGGCACAAACUUCUGGUAUCGAGAUCAUCGCCGGGAUUCAGAUGUACCUUCUUACAACGAGCUCAAGAUUAAUGGGUGGCCCUUUGGCGAUGGCGAAGAAGAUGGUCUUGGCAAGCUCCGACCAGAGGACUUUCCCUGCGUCCACGAUGGCGACCCUGUAAUCGCACCUCAGUUUAAUGUCCUGAAGGGCGGUAUUGUCUUGACCAUGUCGAUUACGCACGUGAUAGGUGACCUGGUCCAGUUUAUGGACUUUCUCAGGUCUUGGUCACAGAAUACGAGUGCGAUAGCAACUGCUAGACUCAAUGGUCAGCCUGUACCUCCACUCCCGCAGCAAAUAUCGGCGGCCCUGAUAGAUCGCUCCCUCUUGACACCUGACGUGGGUAUAGAGGAGGAUCUUGACAAGCUCGCAGCCCGUGCGAGGAAGCUUCACCAUCUCGACAUGCUUGACCCUCGAUCUCCAGAACAAGUUGCGGACAAAGUGUCAAACCUCUUCACAAAAGCACGUCUGACAAAUGACGAUCUAGUGAGGUUUACAGAAGAUGAACUUCGCACUCUGUCUUGUUCUGUCUGGACCUUUUCACAGUCUUCAAUAAAGCAGCUUCAGCGCAUGAUCCAAGAGGUCUUGCCCAACGGCUCAAAAGUGUCGUCCACAGAUUGCUUGACCUCUUUCGCAUGGAACCGACUCUUUGGCGCCAAAUAUGCUCCAGGAUUAUCAGGCCGUGAUCCUCUACCCGAGACUAGCAAGAUUGUCUUUGCUGGGAGCAUUCGUCGCCGGUUGACGCCUCCUCUACCCAACAACUACAUGCCUGCCUGCGUGGAUUUGUUUCCAGUGUCUGUGAGCACCAGCGACUUCAUCUCACCUGACACCAAAACUCUGGCUCAUGCAGCAAUGGCAAUUCGCCACAGCAAUAAUGCUUGGAGCGAGGAAACCUUUCGAGAGAUGCUCGGGAUAGCCCAUUCACAUCCUGUCAACCCGGGCCUGAUACCUAAAGGACCCAUCGAUGCACUUGUGACGGACCAUACACGAGCAAGUGCAGCUAUGCUGUCAAGUUGGGGCCCCGAGCUUGGUUCUUGUGAGGCCUUUAGAGAGCCGUAUCUUGGUAGAAUCCCUCCUCAUGGGGAGAUCACUCUCUUACCCCGAUGGAAUAAUGGGAAUGUGGAGGUAAUGUUUGCUGGAGAGGCUAUUGUGAUGGAGCGGUUGAGAAGAGAUCGGCUUAUGAGUCAGAUGGCCACUUGUCAGUUUGUCAUGGGUGAUCCUAGGUUUCAGGCGACUCGUGGGAAAUAUGUCUCAAAGCUAUAG